GGACCUUUCUUUUACAUCUUUUCUGCACUGUGUCCGUGUCUGAUGUAUAUCGAAAUUAUAAUGCCCAUCUUUUUCCAUUCUCUCUCUCUCCAUACAUACAUAUAUACAUACAUACAUACAUACACCUUUUUUUUUUACAGUACAUAUUAAUUUGUUGUAUAAUGAAAAUGAAGAAAAAAAACGAAGAAAAGCCUUUGAAUGUGGAUCUCCUUCAAAUGAACUAACCAACCCCUCCCUCCUGAAAAAUAGAGAGAGAAAGAUUAAAAUGGAUUCAACAGCAGUAGCUUCUUCUCUUAAGUCGCCAUGUUUGGUAUUAUUGUUGUUCAUUCAAUUCACACUACUGUGCUCAUCAUCACCAUCUUCAUCAGGCUCAUUUCUUCCCACACUUGAUGAUUCCCUACAUCAUAAAAUCAAUCCACCCUUACACCAACACCAACACAAGAUCGAUGCAAUUCGCCGCGAUUUCUUGAACCCCGGCGCCGGCUUCCCCGGCAUCGGCGCAACUCCGGUAACAAAUCCGGUGACAACACCAUCCACGGCGGGGCUUCUGCCGCCAGUCACUCCAACUGUCCCCACAAUAGUCACAGUCCCCUCAGCCAAUCCAGUGAAUCCUCCGGCCGUGACAAAUCCUGUCACCACUCCCGGCGCUACUCUGCCGCAACCGGUAACAUCUCCGUCGUCCACCCCAUUAGGUGCAAAUAAUCCGGUGGCCGGGCCGGGGCAGAGCUGGUGUGUAGCCAGGAGUGGAGUGCCGGACAGCGCUGUCCAGUCGGCGCUCGACUAUGCCUGUGGGAUUGGGGGCGCGGAUUGCUCGGCCAUCCAGGACGGCGCCAGUUGCUACAAUCCGAGCACAUUGCAGUAUCACGCAUCGUACGCGUUCAACAGUUAUUACCAGAGGAAUCCGGUGCCGACUAGCUGCGACUUCGGGGGCACGGCAACCAUCACCAAUGUGAAUCCAAGCUUCGGUUCUUGCAUUUUCACAACAUGGUCGCCGACAACCACGUCAUCCCCUACGGCAAUACCUACACCAACCCCGACUACAGAAACCACAUCAGGCGCAACGCCGACUAGCAUUUCAGGCGCGACUCAGCCAAUGUUUAAUCCAGGAGAUCCAUCCCUCGGCGGCGGCGCAGCAGGCUACGGAAACAACCCUUUGAUGAGCAACACAUCUUCAGUAUCUGCAGCACAGCGCAGUUCGCAGCCGUUUAUUAUUUUGGUCGCUGCAGCGACAUCGAUGAUUACGGGACGGGUAAUUUUAGGUAUUUAACUGGAAACCAUGUAAUGUAAUGGAAGAGAAGAGAAAGAGAAGCUCAUAAUCAAUGAGCAGUAAAAGUUUUUGGGUGUAUAGAUCAUUUAAGUAAACUUUGGUACUCUUCAAGAAUUCAAUUCCUCUGAAACUAAUGAUAGAUGGUUUUAGGAAUUAUAACAGCAUAGGCAGAUGAUGUACAAUUUGGUUUCCAAUUUUGGUGGAUCCAGACAUGUCAUUUUUCACAUUUGUUGGCUUAUUUUGUUUUGUUAAAUCCAUCACAAACUUGUCCCAAAAGCAAUUCAACUCUCCUAAUAAAGACUACGUUCGAUGAACUUUACAAACCCAAAUUGAAACUUUCAGUGCGAUGAUUAAAAAUAGUCCAAAAAACAAUAACACUACGUACGGUACAUGGAAAAAGCCUCGAAACAAAUUGCUAAUUAGGAUGAUAAUGACAUUUAUUACAAUGAAUCUUUGAAUCAAAUUAUCGAAACUCAAUUUACUCAGCUGAUAGCAUAACAGAAUCUGUAACAUUAGAAGAUAAUUCAGUCAUGCCAAACUCUGAUACGGCUAAAAUC